AUGAGGAUCUCUUCAUUGUUUGGGCCCGCGGCGGCCGGCUGGCCCUCGCUCCUCGCGCUUUUACCAACUCUCAACGCCCUGUCAUUCGAGUCGGUCUCCGUUCCGGAACUGGACCUGAGCUCGCUGGGACGGGUAUCAAUUACUGGUGAUUUUGAUGGCGUUUCCCUCUAUCAGUAUAAGGAACAGACCGAAUCAAUUCCUGAUGGCACCCAAGCCCUCCUGACCCCGCUACCGAACGGCAUUCUCACAAAUCUUUCAUCCGCCGAUGCGCAAAUCAUGGCAAUGUGCCCUUUCACUCAAAAAGAUGGAAACUUCGCAGGGAUAUUUGUCGGUGGUAACUUCACCAGCCUGGGCGGAGUUGAUUCACCCGGUGCUGCUCUCUUCGACCCCAAUACCAGCAAAAUUACUGCCUUACCGGGCCUUUCGGGCUCGGUAGCUGCCGUGACUUGCGAUCAGGACACUAACCGCGUCUACGUUGGAGGAGAAUUCGCCUACGACAACACGACUAACGCCGUCGCAUGGGCGCCGGACGAUGGCUGGACUGAUCUCCCGUUCAAUGGCCUAAAUGGCCCAGUUAGCUCGAUUUUGAAGGCUGACAAUGGUCAUAUCAUCUUUGGAGGAUCAUUUGACGCCCUGGGAAACAGCACCAGCUCCUCGAACGAAAGACAAAUUCUCAACCUCCAAGAUGCGACCAUCACAUCCGAUGCAGACUCACCUCUGGACGGCUACUCCGAUCCUCGUAACAUCAUUUGCUCGACAGACGGGAAGGCUGCCAAAGGCAAGACCUAUCUUCUACACGACUAUGCGCCCGGAUUUUGGAGAGCAGACCUCGGAUUCGAUUUUUUCCCGACUAAGAUUCGCAUUUACAACACUCAUCUGGAUGGACGCGGCACUAAGGAGUUUUUAUUUCGAGCUCUCCCCGACAAUGGUAUCAUGAAUCUGACUUACAUCGACGAGUCAGGAAAAAAGGCCAGCUGCGACUCGUCCUGUCCGCUUUCCAGCGACACGAAUGAAACAUACCGUGAAUUUACCAUGGUUAAUCCCGUUGGUAUGCGGGGUCUCCAGAUCGAGGUUCUCAGUUGGUACGGGCAAGGAGCUGGCCUGAACGGCAUUGAAGUCUUCCAAGAUCAAAUUCUAACAUACGCUAUCGACCAAUACAACGAACCGACAUGCUCGGGCAUUGAAUACCCCGCCAAGUCAACGCGCACCGGCUCUUGGACCGUCGAGUCUGGGUAUGUGUCUGCAAAAGUGUCCGACUCUGAUGCCUCAACUACAUCCGUCACAUUCGAGCCUGACCCCGUUCCGUCAUAUUUCUCCCAGACCAACCGCGAUGACAAGUAUGACGAAUUCUACACUGGGUACGUUGACGCCAACAGUGACUCCUUCCGACCAAAGGUUACCCUGCGGGCCAAGGACGGCCAAGGGGAUAUCACCAUCGUGGCGUCUCGUGUCCGAUUUGAACUACUCUCCAGCACUGGUGGUCUCAAUGGACUAUACGACUAUGAUCCGACCUCCAAGAUUGAAACCUCGGAUCUUACAAAGUCGGACAUCAACAAGGCGGGGACUUCACUUGACCAUAACGCAACAAUCUCAGUCAUCAAGGAGCAUGAUGAUGUGAUCUAUGUCGCUGGUAACUUCUCCGACAGCAAGAUCCACAACAUCAUGUCGAUCAAGGAUGGCAAUAUCACAGCAAUGCCCGGUUCUGGAUUGAACUCUCCAGUACUAGCAAUGACCACCCUUGACAAUGUCCUGUAUGUUGGAGGUCGCUUCACCGAUACCUCAGACGCAGGUUCUAAGGGCCUCCAGCACGUUGCGGCAUACUCAUACUCUUCCAAGGAGUGGUCACCCCUGGGUGCAGGCCUGAACGGUCCUGUUAGUUCGAUCUGGGCUGUUGAAUUGAAUGCAUCAACUGCUAUCAACGAAACAAUCAUUGCUGUGAGCGGUGAUUUUGAUCAGAUCAUUGCUUCCAACGGGAACCCCGCGGUAUCCGUUGCCGGUUUCGCCAUGUGGGUUCCUUCUCACAAGGACUGGCUCCAGAACCUUAAUGUUACACAGAUGCAGUUCGGUGGUCAGCUCUCCAGUGUUGCUUCGCACAACGAUACGCUCAUUUUGGCAGGCAAUCUUGCCACCAAUGGUAUCAUCGCUGGCGGUGCGGUGUCACUGCUAGAUUCCGAUGAUUUGCAACUCAUUCCUCUGUCGAUGAAGAUCAACCGCCAAAAAUCGAGCACUGGUCUGAUCACUGGUGCCUAUGAUACCGAAUCGAGCCGGAAUCUCACUAUCUACGGUGGGCAUUUCGCUGCCGCUGGCAGCAAUGGAUCAACCAUUGAAAAUAUUGCCAUCCACAACGGUACCGAUCAGAAGAUUUCAGGUCUACCGCAAGGCGCCGACAGUAACUCAACAUUUGUUUCAAUGCUUGUGCACAACGACACCCUUUAUGCGGGUGGAAACGUCACCGGAAAGAUCGAUGGUACUACUCUGCAAGGUCUUGUGGUUUACGACCUGGACAAGAACGAGUUUUCACAGACUCAGCCGGCUUUCUCGGGCUCAGACGUCUCAGUCAAUGCUAUUGUCAAUCGACCGGGUUCGUCUGAUAUCUACUUUGGAGGAAACUUCGAAGGUGUCGGGCAGUUGCCAUGUAAUUCCGUCUGCUACGUUGAUUCCGCCACCGGCGAAUGGGAUCAACCUGGCUCGUCCUUAAGUGGCACCGUGGUUGACCUUCAUUGGGCUAGUCAAAAGACGCUGAUGGCUGUGGGUGACCUCCAGGUCGGCGGAAACAAGACCGCAAUUGCUACCUACGAAGUCAAAUCCGAAAAAUGGACUUCUUUCUCUGGAGCAUCUCAGUCAGAUCUCCCCGGGAAUGUGACUACCUUUACAGCUUCUAGCGCAGAUCUGUCAAAGUUCUGGAUCGGAGGUACUGCGGCCAAUGGCUCGGCCUUCUUCUUGAGCUACGACGGUUCCAAGUUCCUAUCUCCCGGAAGUCUGUUCUCCGAGGGCACAGUUAUUCAUGCUCUAGAGGUUCUUCCUGUCCGCCAUGACCAUUCUGCAGCCCCUCUGUUGAGCAACGAACAGACCUUGUUGAUCAUGGGUUCGCUUGUGAUCCCGGACUUCGGACAUGCAUCGGCCGCGCUCUACAACGGAACCCAUAUCACUCCAUUUAUCCUUUCCCAGCAAGCUGAUGGCCAACCGGGCAGCAUGUCGAAGUUCUUCUCCGAGAACAAAAACCCUUACACCACCAACAAAAAACAUCACUCCAAUGGCAUUGCAGUCUUGGUCGCUUUCUGCUGCGCUCUGGGCUGCGUCUUCCUCAUCGUGCUAGCCGGUGUCAUCCUGAACAAGGUGCAGCGCCGCCGCCAGGGCUACGCGGCUGCCCCUCAAACCUUUGGCACCGAUCGACCAUCCGAUAUGCAGCGCCUGCCGCCCGAGUAUCUCUUCAACUCGCUGCAUCAGUCCAACCCUGGUGCCCCGGCCAUUUAA